AUGGAAACGACUAGAAGACCCAUCAACCUCGACAUCAGCGCACUCUCACCAACAGAAUACCAAGCCUACCAACCAUUCAUCACCCAAUUCAACCACUUCACCACAAACACACACGGAAAACUCAGAUUCGCUCAAGCGGCCGAAUUCCUAAGGAGAUACUACAGAUUCCAAACUGAGAGAGAGGAUGAGAUAAGAAGCUUCUUCCCCCAGGAGAUCCAACUCGGCCAGAUCGACUUGGGAUCCAUCCUAGCCAUCCUCAGAUUACUCUCCCAUCUACACCACCAACCAACAACACUCAAACUCACUCAAGAUCUGGUCUUCAUUCAAACUCAACCCAUACCAUCAUCCUCAUCAUCUAAUCCAUUCCGUCGUUCGAUCCAGAACUCAGCAGAUCAAAGCACCACCUCUCCUCCCUACUGCUUCCCUCAAUCGCUAUCCGCAAACGAUCUCCCUACCACUUCUUCUUCUUCAAGACUACCAUCAUCCUCAAGCAAUCCAUUCAAACAACGCUCACUCUCAGCUGCUACCUCCAAUAAUCAACAACAACAACAACAACAAUCAAACCUCUUGCGACCAGCUUCACCCGAAUCCCAGCACCAUCAUCAUCACCUUCCCUCGCCCAAGAUACCCCCACGUCCGACUAGAUUAUCUAAGCUGAAUACCACCAAUCUCUCCACCCCUGCUUCUUCUGACGAAAAUCGGAUUCACAAGUCGGCCUCUUCGCUCAUCCGAUCAUCAUCCGACAUCAAACCGCCCCCGAAACAUUACUCCCAACGCUCCAAAACACUCGAUCCUUCGCUCGAUCACUUCGAUCCUUUCGACCCUCCUCCUCCUCCUCCUCACACUUAUCCUUCUUCUUCUAAAAAUCCCACAACUACUCCUUCGUCUGAAGUCCAUCUGCUUCAUUUAUCGCCUUCUAAACUCAGUCGACCUCGGUUCAUCGAACACCAACAUGCCCAAAAUCACUCUAAGCCCAUGAUCCCCCCUCCUCCUCCACCCCCGAUACCCACGAAGCCGAUCCGGGCGCAAAAGACCGAAGGACCUCGAGCAACCAAGCCCGAGAUCGAAGCCCGUCCGGAGAAACCUCAUACCCAACUUAGCACCACCACUCUCCAUCGCGCUCAAACGUUUAAUGACCAUCAUCAGAGUAGGAGGAACAGGAAAGUCCCUGCGCUUCCAUCGGCUGAUCAGGAGCAGGAGAAGAAACAACGACGGCCCGAAAGCUUGCACGAGUCCCUCCAUAAUCCGUUUGCGGUCUCGUUGGACGAACUCGUUGGCUCGUUCAGUAAUUCCAAGGAAUCAGGCACGGCUGCUUUGCCGACUCCUCAAGAAGGAGGAGCAGGCCCGGCCCAUCAGCCAUCCUGGGAUCCCAAACCGUCGGCUCGUGGACUCCCAACCCAUCGAGCGAAUCAUAAGAGUCCAGAGUCUAGACGCUCAGUCUCGCUCUUCUUCCAUCAAGACCAUCUCCAUAAUCAUCCCGCUCAUCAUCAUCAUCCUCAUUCUGACCAUUCUAAUAAGAAGCUCCACCAGAACUUCAAAGACUUCGAAAAGGAAAUCAAGCACGACUCCAAGCUCAUCGUCGAUGAACUCGUCGUCGGUUGGACGUCUAGGUUCGGGAUCAAGGACGAACGGGCUCCGUUGGUCGAUAAAUCUUGA